UUUGGCUUGCUAUGUUUACAAUUGGAAGUCUAAAUCAUAAUAUUAUGAUCCUGUUACGCAGAUUAAUAUUUUCGAAUGAAUCCCUAUAUAUAAUUGGCUGAAAAUGGGAUCUGUCCCGCCGAAAAAUGGAAUCACUGACACUGGGAUCUCACAGGCUCGUCCAUCUAGAUUUUAAGGGAGCACCUCCGAAAGUGACAUAUUUGGAACAGUUGUUCCCGUUAUUCCGUGAAUGGGGCGCCACAGGUAUUUUAAUAGAAUGGGAAGAUACUUUCCCAUAUGUCCGAGACCUUAUAUCAAUAGGUUCUAAAGGACCCUUGUCACAAUCAGGAGCAUACACCGUUGAAGAAGCAAGGCUUUUACUUCAUCUUGCUGGAGAUGCUGGGCUUGCCGUUGUACCACUGGUUCAGACAUUCGGUCAUCUUGAGUUUGUUCUAAAACACAAAGAAUGGGUAUCUCUGCGAGAAGUGGCUGCUUACCCAAGCUCAAUGUGUCCAUCUCAUCCAGGAGCACUGAAACUUGUUACAUCUUUGAUUAAACAAAUUGUUGAAUUUCACCCUGACAUUCAAUACAUACAUAUUGGUGCCGAUGAGGUUUGGCACCUAGGCAUAUGUCCAACAUGCAUUCGAAGAACAGAAACAAGUAAACAUGGAAAAGCACAGUUAUUCCUGGAACACAUUCUGGGAGUUGCCCAGUUUGUUCGAGAUACCUACCCCACAUUACGUGUCAUAAUGUGGGAUGACAUGCUUCGUAGUAUUGAUUCUUCUGUUAUGAAUGAAUACAAUCUUGGAAAAUUUGUGGAGCCAAUGGUAUGGCAUUACCUUCCAGCUGAAGCUUUUCAGCUUUCAACAGAUAUGUGGGAAAGAUACGCAAGUGUCUUCAACACGUUAUGGGUAGCAACAGCUUUCAAAGGAGCAACAGGUAGCUCACAAAAUCUGCCAGUCAUACAGCACCAUAUCAGCAAUCACGAACAGUGGCUUACUGUGCUCAGCCAGGUUGUCAACAAAUUUCCCAACUUUCGUGGUGUUGCUCUCACGGGCUGGUCUAGGUACGAUCACUAUGCGAUAAUGUGUGAACUGUUGGCAACCUCUCUACCAAGUCUCGCUGUGUGUCUGAGAAUCUGGAUGGCAGGCACUUACAGCAGUGAUAUACAUACAACUGUAGCCAAAGCUCUUGGCUACUAUGACACACCACUUUUCCUCAACCCUUUCCCAAGACCGCAACCAGUACCACAACAAUUGUCAUUUCCUGGAUGGAAGGUUCGUGUUGGCGUUGAGUGGUUCAUGAACCUUCGUGUCAAGUACCGGAACAUUGUUGAUAGUGAACAAGUUGAAACCUGGCUAAACCCAUGGCAGAUCCAGCAUGGACUCACCAAUCCAAUGCAGGUUGAAAGUCUCAUUCCAGCAUUUACAGAUUUGAUGUUUGAACUGACAUCUCUUGAGAGCUACUUACGUGCACACUUAGAAGACAUACUGCAUACAGCAACAGUGGAUGAAUGGAUUGGAACAAAUGUUGAGCCUUUAAAGGUUAGGCUUAGACAACUGAAAAAAGACGCAGAAGCACAAAUGCCAAUGAGAAUACCAAUGCAGAGUUUUCCAGAUGUAAUUUGAAAUUGUGAUGUCAAGACUAUGUGUUUAAAUGGAAAAACCAUUGGGGUGUUUCAUGAAAUGUAGCGUUCUCUGUGGCAUUGACUUGUUAAGUACUUUGUGCUAUAAAAAAAGCCAGACAGAUAAUUUUGCCAUGUUACAGAAUGUUUAUAGCUCCCAUUUGACUCUUUUUGAGUUGAAAGACUGAAUGAUGUGAUAUGUGAAAUAAACAAGUUGUUCACACACUGCCUCAUUUUUCCAUUAAUGAAGCUGUGAAAUAUUUUGUAUAUAUACAUAUACAUGAUUUUAACUCUUGUUAGUAAUUUUAAUGUGCUCUAGUCACCUAUCACUGUAAAUAUUUCUCCAAUAAAAAAUGUAAGAGCUAUUGCAGA